AUGGCCCCCACUACUUCCAACUCGACAUCGUCCGCAACUGGCAAAGUCGUGGCGGGAACGCCAAAGGCAGCGAAUGCCAAGCCCAGCAUCAAAUUAGAGACAACUGCUACGCCCAUCGACACCAAUUUUGAGUUUCGAACAGGCCCCGACUACAAACCUUUCACGCUUGACAGUGCAUUCGUGGCCAGCUUGGAGAACCAGACGCCACCAUUCGGCUUCAAUGGUCUUGGAGAACUUGUGUACAUGCGUACUUACUCCCGCGUCAAGGCGGACGGAACUAAAGAACGUUGGUUCGAGACUAUCGAGCGUGUGAUUAACGGCACCUUUAAUAUGCAAAAGAAGUGGCUGCAACAGCUGGGUCGGCCUUGGGACGAAGAAGAGAUGAACCAGAUCGCUCAGGAGAUGUACACGCGUAUCUUUCAGAUGAAGUUCACGCCGCCUGGACGCGGUCUAUGGGCCAUGGGGUCACCGAUCACGGAAGACCGAGGCCUGUACGCGGCACUGAACAACUGUGCCUUCGUGUCGACCGCAGACAUACUCGAACUGGAGACCCCGUCCAAGCCUUUUUGCUUCUUGAUGGAGGCUGCCAUGCUUGGAGUUGGGGUGGGAUUUGACACCAAAGGUGCCGGCAAACUGCUCGUACAAGGCUGUGACGAGAGUAAGACGAGUGUCUACGUCAUUCCAGAUUCUCGUGAAGGCUGGGUGGAGUCCGUGAAAAUGCUGCUGGAGGCUCACUUCCUUCACCAUCCUGCUUUAAAGCUCGAUUACUCUUUGAUCCGUCCUGCUGGUGCGCCGAUCAAGGGCUUCGGUGGUAUCAGAUCAGGUGCUGGCUCACUGACUGCUCUGCAUGUUGCUAUCGAGUCGAUCCUCAAGCCUCUCGUGGGAAAGCUGCUGACAGCGCGUGGCAUCGUGGACAUCAUGAACCAGAUGGGCGUCUGUGUCGUCUCAGGCAACGUCCGUCGUACUGCUGAAAUUGCCUUCGAAUCUGCGUUCGGCUGGACGUCUAACAACAGCAUAUUUGCUGAUAUCGGCAUGGAUUACCAACCUAUAGCUGAGCAAAUUGUGCGGAACGGUGAGCCCGGUUUCGCGUGGCUCGACAAUAUGCGUAACUUCGGUCGCAUGAACGGCAUCAAGGACGACCGCGAUCGCAACGCGUCUGGCGGUAAUCCGUGCCUGGAGCAGACGCUUGAGUCGUACGAGAUGUGCUGCUUGGUGGAGACUUUCCCGUACAACCACGAAAACCUCGAGGACUUCCUGGAGACGCUCAAACACGCCUACAUGUACGCCAAAACAGUGACUCUCGGCCAGACGCAGUGGCCACGAACGAACGAGGUGAUGAAGCGGAAUCGCCGCAUUGGCUGUAGUAUGUCUGGCAUCGCUCAGUUCAUCUCGAGCCGUGGUCUUAACGAGUUUCAGCGCUGGUGUGAGGCGGGUUACGACAGGAUCCAGGAAGUGGAUAAGCAGAUCUCAACUCGGUUUGCCAUUCCUCGGUCCAUAAAGACCACGUCCAUCAAGCCUAGCGGAACUGUAUCGCUACUUGCAGGCGCCACUCCAGGCAUGCAUUACCCUGAAAGCCGCUUCUACAUCCGUCGGAUGCACUCCACGUUUGUUGUCUCCAUCCCAGUUGAUGUUGGUGAAGGGGUACGCACACUGUCGGAUGUGUCUGCUUGGGAGCAAUUCGCGCUUGCGUCCUUCCUGCAGCGCUACUGGGCAGACAACCAGGUGAGCUGUACAGUGACCUUCGACCCGAAGACAGAAGGGUCGCAGCUUGCACACCUGCUCGAUUACUUCCAAUACCAACUGAAGGGAAUCAAUCUGCUGCCGAAACUGGAGCUUGGCGCGUACAAGCAGAUGCCGUACGAGGAAAUCAAUGGCCCCACCUACCACAAGAUGAAUAAGAGCAUUGAACCUCUGCAAUUCAGUGUGAUCCAGUGCACUGAAACUGUUAUGGACGUCCCCGACAAGUUUUGCGAGGCCUGUGUGACUUAA